AUGCCGCGGAUGCGGACUUUGAGAGGUGGAAGUCGGUCAACCGCUACGAUGGCGGUAUCGUCUGAUUGUUUGCUUCCCCUCUUGAGACUCCGCUCUGACGGCUUCUGCGAUCUUGAGCGGUUUUGCCGGUCUGAAGCGCCUUAUAUACACUACAGUGUCUGCGAGCUUGGCGUCGUUCGACCCCCGUUCACCUCCUCCCGUCUGUACUCUUCAAGCAUUCGCUGUUACUUGUCCCUUCCGACGCUUUCCCUCCAUAGAAGCUGCACCGUGUCUGAACUCGCAGCGUCCUAUCAUUGCCGACUCCGUAGACGGUCUGGACCCAUCCUCAUAGAGAACGGCGCAUACAGUCGCUUCCGCAUAGACUAA